UUGACCUUAAACAGCUAAACAGCAUUUCCGAGCGCACCUUACGUUUUCGUUUCUCAAGGUCUUAUUUCACGUUGGUGCAUAUACGGGUAUGAAUUAUGCCAUGGAACCCCCAGCUAUGAGCACCUACUUGUCGGAUAGUGAAACAGUUGGGGAGUCCACUAACCUUCUACAUAUAGAAGGUCAUGAUUGGAGUCAACUUCAAGAUGGGACCAUUGAAAUAACUGAUCGAUUGCCCAAGAAGGAAUAUUAUAUGAGCCUUCGAAGAUUUAACAGCACAGGCCCAGCCUCUGGUACCGGACAUCGAUUGGGCAGCAUUUCUAGUGGUUCAGCUGCUGGGCUAGCGAAUGGAUCUUCUGGUUUGCUUGGUGCUAGUUCAACGUCACCUCGACCGGGUGGUGGCACUUUGCGUGGGUCUUCACAUCCUUCAGUUAUUGACUUUAAACCCUCUGGUAAGAUGGUGGACUGUACAGUUGUGAUGUUGGAUGGAACAACGAGAGAGUUCCGCUUAGAUGUGAGUUUUGUUUGUAUAAGAUCUUAUAUUAACGGUUUUUUCUGAGCUUU